AAACCUUAACCUGCCAUUAAACUAGCAGAGGGGGAAUGGCAGAACCAGCCCGGGCCCCGCUGUCCCGCCUGCUUGUCCCCGUGCUGCUGGCACUGGGCUGGAUCCUGGGCUGUGCCCUCGUGGUGUACAUUGUCUUCUCCUGACCAGGAAGGGGUGGCAGUGCCACACAGCGCCCUGGGUCAGAAGAACCUACAGUGAUGUUGGAUGAGAAGAACACAGAAGUUCAGUUGAGAUUUCUAAUUACUAAAAUACGUAUAAAAUGAGUUAUUUUUAAUAUCAACAAUGUAAAUGUUGUGCACACUUUUUAUCCAUUAGGAAGAGUCACCAAACCAAUUUCCCUGUUCUCAGAUUAUUUGCAAUUUAGGGAGUGGUUUUUGGAGUCUUGUAGCUCAGAUACCUGCCUGCUUGCUGACCAGCAAACUUUUAAAACAGCUACUACCAGCUAAGGCACUUCAAGCGUGGUAGAAACAGGCAAGGGUUAAUUUCUUAUGGGGCCUGGGCAAUUUUUAGCCUUAUUAUGGGGAACAUCUCUUGGACUCUAUUGUUAUGAAACAGAAACAUUUGCAUGUCCUUGGAAAAGAGAAGGCCAGGCUUGCUGAGGGCUGGGGGGGUUGUACAGCUGAGUGUGGCUGAAUCCCAGGCUCACCAGGGGCCCUCCGUGUCUUGUACUGGGGGUUUGCCUUUUUAAUUAGCAUUGGAGAUAAUUAUAUUCCCCCAGUCAAUAAUGAGCCAUGUGAACUUCCAGUGACUUUGCCGUUUAAAUCACAACUGAGCAUCUGAUCACUGCAUUUUCAAUGACAGCUCUGGGCUCUUGAGCAUGAAGAUUUUUCUACUGGAGAACUGUAGUUCUGAGAAGAUGAAAUCAUUAAUAAUUCAACCCCCAGUUAAAGCAGAGAAUUUAUUGUGAGAGGCAUGUCUGGAAGAUCGCAGCAAGAUGUAUGUUUAGGGGAAUGUGAAAAAACUCUUAGCAACACCUGAUGGGGUUAAAUAGAGAAACAAACUAAUUUUUAUACUCCUGCUCACAUAAUUUGUAUAAUUUUGAGAAUGUGAGGAAGGCACAUCAGUUAGACAUCCUGUCUCCAUCUGUGGGCACUGUCUGUUGAGCUUUAGGAAUGGAAACACAAAUAGAUUUGGCCAUAGUGCAGCCACAAACAUUCCUGGGCCACGCCAGCAGUCAGCAGGAGCACUGAAGUGUGAUAUUCCAUUUGGGAAUUGUCUUAACACCGGGUUUCUUCAGCUGGGAAUGAACUGAGGGGGAUCCAGUCUGAUCGGAUGUCCUGAAAGAGAGGGGCUAAACCCCGAGAUUCUCGAUGCCUGCACGGCUGCUGUGUCCUGCGAGCACCUGAGCAGCACCUCGGGGAGUGCCUGCAGGUGGGAACAUCCCCCUCUCCCUGCAAGGGGCUGCCUGAGCCCAGAGCCCACCCUGAGCAGACACCUCAGGGUCUCACCCUCAAUUCCUCGGGGUCUGAGCCCACCCAGACUGAUCCAGCUGUGACUCCACAGUCACCACGUCUGUGUUUUUACAACUCACUUCAUUUACCAGGCACAGAGGGAAAUAGUUCUGAAAGGUCCAAACAGCCCUUUGGGUGUCUCGCAACGCUGGAAAUUGAAUGUUUCCAAUUAAAAUGUU